UCGCAGCCGGCCGGUGAGAGUGAGGACACCGAGAUAACGAGCACAUCCUCGGCCUUUGCUCCUGUUGAGUCGUCGGAGUUUGUCCGGGAGAAUGAGUCCGUACCGAGAAACCAGGAGCUAACGGCUGGAGCUAACGGCUGCCUGAACCUCGACCGUUGGAUGUUAAGUUUAAAAGUUUCCCUUCGGACGGUUGUUUGUGCGGCUGCUGCGGGGAUAAACCGCUGAGAGGGACAGGUGUCCUCUCACGUCACCAGCUCGGCUCCCCUCUCCAUCCCCCGCUGGACUGUAGCACCGUACACCGGCGCUGGGAGUUUUAACGGUUCUUCUUGGGACAAAGCUGGACUUUUCUGAGCCAUGUUGUGGACAAAGUGGCUCGCCCUGCUGCUCUGCUGGGGGGCCACAAGCGGCGAGCAGCAGGCGGAUGAGAGGGACGGGACCCCGCUUGAGGCCCGGACGGACUCCCGCAGACAACGGUCCCCCCCACCGGUGGAGCCGUUGGACUUUGGCUUUGUACCGGCGGCGGUUUAUGAUACUCACGCUUACUACGAGCCAGGGGCCAUAGGAAUCCUCUUCCACAUGGUCCACGCUUUUCUCUACGUUGUUCAACCUCACACCUUCCCCAAAGAUUUGAUUGUUCAAGUCAUUCAGCAAAACAUGGGGGGAAUCAAAAUCGAAGAAUGGAGAAAGCCAGAAAAUGUGGUCCUGUUACUACAGUGGAUUUACUACGAGGCUGGGUUCCUCAUAUGUGCGGCCCUCGGUAUCUUCUUCGUGGUCCUCACCCCGAUUAUAGGCAUGUGCUUUUGUGUGUGCCGAUGCUGUGAGAACUGCGGAGGGGAGAUGCACCAGAGACAGAGAAAGAACGUCGACUGUCAGAGAGGUUUCUACACCGCCUCACUCAUCGCCACCUCCAUCUUCAUCAUAUUGGGAGUACUCAUUGCCUAUGCAGCGAACCACAAUGUCAGCGCCCAGAUUAAAAGCACUCGGCGGUUCAUCAACACCAAUAUGAGAGACCUGAAGACAUUUGCCAACAACACACCUGCACAAAUCGAAUACCUGACAGCCCAGUACACCACAGCAAAGAACAAAGUCCUGUCAGACCUCGACAACAUUGGACCUUUGCUGGGUGGGAGGAUCCACAGUCAGCUGGAGAAAGAGGUGGUUCCCUCGCUGGACACUGCGCUGCGUAUGGCAGGAGCAAAAGUUGAGAGUGCCAUCAAAGCUAUGCGGGAGACCAAAGAGGCCCUAGAGAACGUCAGCUCCUCCUUGGAGGUUCUUCAGGAGGGGACGGGAAAACUUCAGGCCAGUCUAUCAGGGGAGCGCGCCUCUCUGUCUAACACCUUGUCAGACCCCGCCUGCACUAAUGGAGCUGUGUCUCCCACCUGUAACGCCAUCCGCUCCACGCUGUCCCAGCUGGGAAUCAACGCUGACUUCUCCAGGCUCCCAGAUGUCAAUCAUGCCUUGGCCAAUGUCAAUACUGUUCUGAGAACAGACCUCAGCAACAUUGUACAAAAGGGUUACUCAUCCUUUAAUGAUACACCAAAACUGGUUAAAGAACAAACUAAAAAUGUUGUCUCAGCUCUGCCUCGAGUAAAAGGCAUGCUGGAUAAGAUUGGCACAGAGAUCAACAGCUUCUCCAAAAUGUUCCCAGUGGAAGCUUCUCUGGCCAAUUUCACCAUUUUCCUCAACGACGGACAGAAAAAGAUCGAGGCCUACUACCCACAAAUUGACCAAAUGGAUUUUUACAGGUGGAUCGGCUGUGUGGCGGUGCUCUGUAUGGUCGUCCUCGUCUUGGCCUUCAACAUCCUCGGACUGCUGUGUGGCACCUGCGGCUAUGACAAGCAAGCUACGCCAACAACCCGAGGCUGCCUGUCAAACACCGGUGGCAACCUGCUAAUGGCUGGGGUGGGCUUCUCUUUCAUCUUCGCCUGGGUGCUGAUGGCCAUCGUCACCACCUUGUUUGUUGUUGGUGGCAACGUGGAGAAGAUGGUGUGUGAGCCGCUCGCUAACCGACAGCUAUUCAAGAUCAUAGACACACCAUACCUGGUUCAUCCUGCCAAGAAGAACUUCCUUCCUGGGAUGCUGUUUCAGAACCCAAACAUUGACCUGACUUUGGGAAGCAUGUACAGGGACUGCUAUGAGAACAACGGCCUGUAUCAUUCUCUGCAGCUGGAGACAAUGUUCAACAUAAACUCCUUCCUCAACAGAACUGUGUACAACAAGGAUCUGGCAAAAGUGUUUGAGAGUGUGCAGGUCAACCUGCAGGACAUCACGCUGCUGGAGCAGGCCGGCAGAGACAACCUCAUCAACUUCGCCAACUCUGGAGUGGGACAGGUCGACUAUGACGCCUACCUGGCUGAGGUAAAUAAGGGAGUCACUCUCGUGGAUCUCUUGACCUUCUCUACUGACCUGGAAGCUCAGGCAGACCAACUGCCACGUGGUGCUCUGGAGAACGCACUGAAAGGACACGCCAGCAGUAUCAGACAAAUUCACAGAGAACAGGUGGUUCCCAUGGAGCAAGCAAUGAAAUAUGUCAGAGCGCGGAGUACACUUAGCCAGAGUAUCAAGCAGCUGCAGAGGAUGUCCAAUGACCUGCCGGUCAAGGUCACAAAUAUCCUGAGUGCCAUCGAUGCAGCAGAGUACCUCAUCACUCAUAACGCCUCCCAUGUGAUCAAACAGGAAACACGCGCUUACACACAGAGCUUGGUGGGAUACUUCAAACAGUACACAGAUUGGGUUAAAAACUCGUUGACUGUAGAGGUGGCCCAGUGUAAACCCAUCAGUAACAUGGUGGACAGCAUGGAGAUAGUAGCCUGCAGCUUCAUACUCGAUUCAGUGAACACAUUCUGGUUUGGUCUGGGAGGCUGCUGCAUCCUUCUGAUCCCCAGUAUCAUCUUCUCCACCAAACUGGCCAAGUAUUACAGAAGGAUGGACACAGAGGACGUCUUUGAAGACUCUCCCUAUUCCGACACCCUGACCCGGUUCCCUCGAGCCUCUGCUCCCCCAAGCUACCACGACUCAUGACCCAAAGGAACUCGUCGAUGAGCGGACAAGAGAGCUGGAACUGAUAUUUCCCACGUGGAUCACUGGACUUUCCAGCUCUUCCCAUUCAGAUCUUGUAACACUUCCAAGGACCAAAGGGAAGAACAACAACAAUCAGGAACUGUGUGGUGAGGGCAACCCACCCCCCAGUAACCCUUGAAGCCAUUUGAGAACGACCUCAGAUGUCAGCCAACUGUACUUUAUCAUGUGUUCUCUCACACACAUCAGUACCAGCCACAGCAGUACCAGCGCAGUCCUUCUAGUAGUUCAUACUGUACAUCAUCAACUAUCAGAGCAAUGUUCCCGCAUAGCUAGGUUUACCUGUAGACAAUACAUUUGUUUGUACUAACGUUAUCAGUUUUAACACGGUGACACAAGUGUAUAUUUUUUACGCUUUCAAAGCUUUUGAAAGUUUUAUAUAUUUUUGUUAAUGUUUGUUUUAUAACAUGUAAGUAGGUUUUGUAGAAGUAGCUCUUUUCUUUCUUUUCUUUGACAAUAUUUGUAGCUCGCAUCAUUUUGGCUCCACAAGUUGCAUCGAACAGAAAAGUAGGGAAUGGUUAAGCAUUUUGGGAAAUCCGCUUUUUUUCUUUCUUGCAAAGAGUUAGAUGAGAAGAUAUCACUUUCAUGUCUUUUUAUUAAAUACCAACCUGUUAGCUUAGUUUGGCAUCAAGACAUAAACAGUGUGUCUACAGCUGUGCUAGCAGUUGUGCUUUGAGCUUAAUGCUAACAUCAGCGUGAUAAAGAGCUCACAGUGACAAUGCUAACAUGCUAAUGUUUAGCAGGUAUAAUGUUUACCAUGUUCACCAUCUUAGUUUAGCAUGUUAGCAUGCUAACAUCUGCUAAUUGGCAUGUCAUAGCAAGUUAAAAUUAAAAGUUUGAACUGAUGAUGUCACUUGAUGAAAAGUCUGGUGAUUACAAAAGUUAUAACAAUUCAUCCUCUGUACACUGUAAAUAUCUGUAGUCAGUGUCAUAGCAAUCCAUCCAACACUUCUCCUUUAGCCAAAAAUGCAAAAGGAAAAGUGAGGUGAUCACCAAAGUUAUUACAUUUUAUCUCCUGGACACUGUAAUUAUCUGUAGCCAGUAGCCCUUUCACACAGAGGUCCUACUAUAGGGUCACUAAGUCCCUUCUUUAUGCUGCCUUUGCAUUUUUACACAGAACCAAACAACAGUGACAUCAUGACGCUCCAGUGCACUUAAUAAACAAGAACAAUGGCAUCAACAUAGCAAUAACAAUCAUUUACAGUCUCUGUUAUAUGGCAGCUGAUUUUGUCCCCUGCUCAGAGGGUAAGAAACUCCUGGACCUCACUGUUUUCCCAAGUUGCGUACAUUUUUAACCGCUAACUGCUAUCAGCUUCAUUUUAAAUCUUGGGGUUAGGUCACACACAUAACACAUCAAAAUGUCACACCUGUCUCAUUUUGGCAGGCAGUGUAAAAGUGGCUAACAUCAUGACGAUCUAUCAGUCGUUUUUAGGACAUUUCACUUAAAGAAAAAAAUGCCAAAGAAAAAGUCAGGGAAUUACCAAAGUCUGUAAGAUACAUCCUCUGGCAUGGCUAGCAUGCUGAAGGUAAUUAACAGGGGGUUAUGCACUGGACUAUUUCUUGGCGUUUUCACGCUUUGAACAUGUUAAUUUUUGAGCUUCAGAUGUGCUGGUGUGUUGAUUUUGUUCCCUUUGGUCACAGCCAGGCUCUUUUCCCAUUUCCAGUCUUUGUGCUCAGCUAAGCUAACCAUCUCUAUGCUUUAGCUUUACAGUUAGCAUAGUUAUAUGAGAGUGCUUUUUAUCUUCUCAGCUAACUUUCAGCAAGAAAGUGAAAAAGGGGUAUUUCCAAAAAUGCCAUACUAUUCCUUUAAACACUGAAGGAUGAAAGUGACAGUUCUGUUUGACUCUAAAUUAUUAAAAUCUUUGAGACAUGAGGUCAGUCCAAAGUUUACCCAAAGCUACCGCAACAGGCAAAGUGUAACUACCUUUUCAACACACACACAGGCUACAUACACUUCGUUAGCAAGGUUUUAAGAAAGCUACAAACAAAAUACUGUGUCUUAGGCAUUUCUUGCCAGACCAUUAGUGACCACUAGUUGCUUGUGUUGUCAGAGAGUUUUUUUUCCUUCAUCAUCCUGUGGUUUGAGAAAUAAAUCUACCAAAAACCUCUGUGGUGUCAGAGGCCAGGUUGAAGAACACACACACACACACACACACACACAAACAAUUCUAAUACAAAACUGCAAAACUGUGAAUAAAAACUUCAGUCUCA